ACUCAGAUGUCUGGUCUGGUCUCCCAUUGACCUCCUCGGUUGAAGCUCUCUGUCUGACACAGGGCACGCCACCCCGGGGCAGGACGGCCUCAGGACGUCAGCGGGGACUGCGUUCCAGGGAGAGGAGGCAGCGGGGCAGAGGCCCUGAGGUGGGGCGGAGGGCAGCGGCGGCCGGCAGGCCCACGCAGUGCUGCUGGGAGACGGAGGCCACAGCUGUGUCUCACUCUGAAAUGCUCUUAACAAGGCCCCAGGAGAUGACGCAGCUGACUCGUGGUUGACGGUGCCACUCAGCGGUCUGCAGCUGGACUGGAGGGUCCACGAAGCCAGGCUCCCGUGGCUGUGGCCUGGACCUGGUCUCAGGGUCGAGACAAGGGGUGGGGGCUGGCCAGCCUGCACUGCAGGGCUGAGGCCGCAGGGCCAGGGCAGAACCGCUCAGGUGGACAGGACGUCCCACCGGCCGCCACAGUGACUUCCUCUCCCCCACCACUGGAGCCACGGAGGGAAAUGACCAUCCCUGGCCCGGUGCCUGGCCUGGGGGCCAGCGUGAGGCCCAUUGUUUGAGGCUGAAGCUGGCGGCCCGGGGCCUUGGGAAGCCCCCGGCAAGGCCCUUUGUCCCACUUCCCACAGAUUCAGAGCCCCAGCGAGGCCCUGGUGAGCAGACGCGGCAGAGGUGGCAGCCCCGCAGGAUGAAGGCGCUAGCGGCUGUCCUGCUGGCCCUGCUGUGGUGCAGGCAGCAAGGGAGAGGGCAGGCGCAGGAGGACGAGGACGACGACCCAGACGCUGGGCGCGAAGGCUACGAUGAUGAGGAGGAUGAGGAGGAAGAGGAGGCCGGCGCACCUGUGGGCAGCAGGGGCUCAGGGCCACAGUGCUACACGUGCCAGUCCCUGCACAAGGGGGAGAGCUGCGAGCAGGUGCAGAGCUGCGUGCUCCCCAGGACAUGCAAAGCCAUCGUCUCCUCCUGGAACGCUGAGUCAGGUCCCCAGACCACCUACUCGGGGUGGUGUGCAGACACAUGUCAAGCCAUCAGCAGGACAGUGGAAGGAUCCCUGACGACCAUAUCCUGUUGCCAGUCCAGCCUGUGCAACACCCCACCCUGGCAAGAUCCCCAAGGGAGGGGAGCAGGUGGCCCCCGGGGGAGCCCUGCGACUGUGGCUGCCACCGUCCUGCUCAGCCUCCUGGCCGGCCUUCAGGCCAUGGGGCUCUGAGUGGGGCGGUCCCUCCUUGCGCCCAGCAUGGCUUGCACCCUGGCUGGCCAGCACUCUGUCCGCUGUCUCCUGUCCCCUCCCCCAGCCCAUGGAGAAUAAACUGGAAGCACCCGUGA